AUGUCAUACAUUCACUUUUCUCCGACCUCUUCUCGCGGUCCCCUUACCCCUUCUCCUUUAUUUAUACCUCGCCAAACAAAUGACCAAGGUCAGCGUCUUGCCAAUCAACCCGAGGACAACGAUCUCAGUGGCAAGACGCUAGUCAACAGAGGGUUUCAUAGCACUGAAAGCUCCGAAGUCAGCACCCAGAGCUCAACGGACCCAAGUUCGGAUGAACCAAGCCCUAUUCUUGCCGGGCUGGGAAUCCAGGUUAAUGCAGUGAGCCCUCUGAAGGAGCGGUCAGCGGCGGCUCAUGUCCCGCGAGCAAGCAAAGUGGCAUUGGCACAAUCACCUCGUCGAGAACAUAUCUCCAACUCAUCUCGUCAGCACAAAAGCAGGGCUUCUAGUUUGGAUGAACUGAAAGAUCGACCCUUGCCGCCUCUUCCUUUGGAAACUAGCCAUGCGCACUCCAAGUCAAUGGGUAACGGAACCCAACCGCCCCGUCUCAAGGGAUAUGAGUCCCCGUAUGGAUCUUACCAGCGGCGCGUGAAGCACUACGCUCUCCCGACUGAACCGCAGCAAAAGCAUUUCAAUGCCAUCGAUCGUGCCUUGGAGAGAGCCAAGCAGGAGCAGAGAUGGGUCGAUUUGCGUCCGCUUGCUCCCAUUGAAGGCGCACUGCGGGAGGGCCGAGUGCGGAAAAUCAACCACGGCGCGCGAAUCCGGUCCCAGAUCGCCAUCCCGGAGAGUGUUGAUGAGAAUGCCGAGCUGCAGCCGUUGUUGCGGACAGAAAGUCCUGUGUCAGCAGAGGAGAAGAAAGCCGAGGAGACAAACGUCGCAGAAAAGCAGCGAACCUACGUCGACCGCAAACAAACCAAUCUUUUUGGCCGAGCUGUUCAAUGGCUUCGGCCUUCAUGGUCACGCGAGCGGCUCCGGUCACGGAGCACUUUGCCAGUUUUGAAGAAACAGUUCAACCCAAUUCCAGAAAGUGAUGAAACUGCGGCAGGAUUGAAACACGAAGCGGAAAAGCCAGUCAAUCCUGCUGAAGCACCACGACCUCAGCCAGCUCAGCCUCCUCCAACGGAAGUCACCGCACGGAAACCCCGUCUUCAUCGCGACUCGGUUACCCGCAUGAAGCGCGUUCUCUCAGCCCUGAUGGACGAGCGCAUCUCCCUCUGUCUGAGCAACCAGUCCAACGCUGAGGAUGAGCGAGCUCUGACUCAACUGCUUCAACGAACACAGCAGCAGCUCCUCGAAGGUCUCCGCGACAUGUCUCGAUCUCGCGAUAAAGUGCCCGAGACACCGUUCCUACAAUCCACGACGGUAUCUCCCAUCGCAUCAGUCCCUUCUCUACCCAUCCACCCUCCUCAAAGACGUAGCACACAUGAACUUGAUAGCAAACCGCUACCUCGCCCUCGCAAAAGCGCAUCAACGCCCACGAAGUCGUCCACUUCAGCGCAUGUAUCUGUCAUGUUCCAUAUUCUCCAAGAAGUCGAUAACCUGGUGGACCUCUUCUCCCUAGCCCUUGUCAACCGCGCCGCGUACACUGCGUUGAAGUCGCACGAGCUCCCCCUCAUCAAGUCAACAUUGUGGAAGAUGUCUCCCGCCGCUUGGGAACUCCGCGAAUUGAGCGAGAUCCGCUGGGACAAGGCACCCUACACCGGUGGCCAAAGCCUCGCCGCAACGCUUUACAUCCGCCACUGCACCAUGGACCUGAUAAACCACGCACAAAUCAAGUUCCUGCUAUACGAUCACGCGACCUUCAUCCUCCGCGAAGACACCCUGGCCGCGAUGCGCGAUGGCCGCUCCCCUCGUGCCAUCGAGAUUGAUGAGGCAAUCUGGCGCGUUUGGACGUUUUGUCAUCUAUUCGGUAAUCACAAGAACAGGGAAAACGACUUUCUGGGACAAGUGCGAUGGUUGAGAGGUGAUUGCUUUGUCGAAGGAGACGAGCAUGAUCUUCCGGUGGUGUGUGCGACGAGUCCCGACCCGAAGGACUUCAACACGGUUUUCUUUUCUCCUCCGAGUGGAUUCGCGGCGGGGAAUAGGGGUCCGCUGUCUGAGACACAGUUACGUGAUAUGAUUGAGAUUUGGACGGCGAUGGCGUCUUUGCUGGACUUCCUCAGGGACGAGACGAGCUUAGCGAGACGAUUUGGGGUGUUUGAAGGACUUGAUAUCCCGGAGGGGGACAGGAGGUUGGAAAGACAGGCUUUGAGAGCAUGGUUGAACUACAUCCUCACCCUUGGUCCAACUGCGGUCCUUUCGUUGGUUCCACUGGGUCCGCGCUCGCCGAAGGAGAGUAUCUUCUCUCGUGCCAACUCAUAUGGCUGGACAAAAUGGACACCGCCUGUCUCGAAUACUCUCGAGAAUGGUUUCUUUGUUGGCGUGGUGAGUGAAUUGCUGUCGGCCAUGCAGACUCGGGAAAGGAGGAAUAUGAGCGCGCAGCUGCAGGCCCGGGUUUGA